AUGAAGCUCAUAUCCAAACUAGUACGGAAGAGUUUCCACAAGGAUCGCCAGAAGUGCCCGAGGAAAUGCGAAUCAGGAUCAAUAGAAAGGAAAGUGAGCCGUUUACAGACCACGAUGCCUCGUGGCUUGGACUCACGUAGUCUUACUGUUCUUGCGGGUCCCAUAAACCUCACCGUCCUUGUCUUCUUCCACACGUGUAUGCUCGUGCGUGUAUUGUGA